AUGAAUGUGAAAUCAUUGUUUCCGGAUACAAACAAUGGAAGCCGAGUUGUUGUGACUACUAGGAAUGCGAAUGUAUCCAAUCACUUGUGCGAUUAUUGUGUUGCAAUGGGUUUUCUGGAUGAGGACAAUAGUUGGCAUCUAUUUUGUCAAAAUGCAUUUGCAAAGCAGCAAGGUUGCCCUCCUGAGUUGGAGGAGACUGCAAAGAAGAUAGUUGCACGGUGCAAAGGACUUCCCCUAGCAAUUAUUGUUGUCGGAGGUCAUCUCAGGAAGUCUCCAACGGCUCUAGCCUACUGGGAGAAUGUGGCACAAUCAAUUUUGUAUUCUACACAGAUUGAUGAGCAAUGCUUGAAUGUGUUAUCUUUGAGUUAUAGAUACUUGCCUGCCCAUCUAAAGCCAUGUUUUCUACUCCUUGGAGCAUUUCCAGAAGAUGAAAAGAUUUACGUUCAAGAUAUUCUUGAACUUUGGGUUGCUAAAGGAUUUAUAGAACAUUUUGAUAAUCGCAUAUUGGAAGAUGUUGCAGUGGGUUAUUUACGGGAUCUUCAUAUGAGAAAUCUCAUAUUAGUGGAUAGCUCGGACUAUAAGGGAGACAUAUAUACAUUUAAAGUACAUGAUCUAGUAAGAGAAUUGUGCCUACUGACUGCCAAGAAAGAGGAGUUUUUAUCAGUGUUUGAUACUCCAGGAGGCAUAACUAGGGAGCGUCGGGUUUUAAUCAAUGGAGAGGUGAAUCAUGAAACAAUAACCUCGGAUGCCCCUGUCCGUUGUCUGAUAUGCAACGGUUGUAGUUAUGCAAGUUAA